AACACGUGUGACGGCCUCUUAGUUCUGAAUAUAAGUGUUACUGAGAGGAAAUUAGGUUGGUUGGCAGAGGAGAUCAGCCAGACCUUGCAGGACGUCUUGCUGAGGAGCUGGUAUAUCCACCAGUACUGUGCUUCAGAUUCCAGUACAUGUAGAAGAAAAAAUGGAAGUUAUUGAGCUGGGAGAAGUUGACUUGAACUGUCCUUCCAACUGUCAAAUACAUAAUACCCAUUUCUUCGGAACUGACAGACAGAUAAUAAGGAGAGGGCAAGCCUUUAGCUUAUAUGCUCGCUUCCAAAAUCGAGAAUGGGAUGACUCCGUGGACCAGGCUGCUUUCACCGUGGAGACAGGCCUCAGACCCUGUGAAUCAAAUGAGACAAAAUGCACCUUCCCAAUGGGCAGAUGUCUGGAUCAAACCUGCUGGAGUGCUUCCUACAAAGUUCAUCAGCCAAAAUGCAUCAGUAUCAGCGUGUUUCCUCCUUCCAAUGUCUGCAUUGGCCGUUAUAUUCUCAAUAUGCAAAUCACAUCUUGUGGUCACACAUAUCAGAGGUGUCUUGGAGAUUUUUAUGUCCUUUUUAACCCAUGGUGUGCAGAUGACCCUGUAUAUUUGGACAGUCAGGCCCAUAGAGAAGAGUAUGUUCUGAAUGAACAUGGAAUACUGUAUGAAGGAGUCCACAAGCACAUAACCUCUCGACCAUGGCACUUUGGACAGUUUGAAGAUGGGAUUCUGGAUAUCUGCUUGAAGAUCUUAGAUAUGGGUGCGAGUUACCAUCACGGCUCUGAUCGUGACCACUGCUGGCGCAAUGACCCCGUGCAUGUCAGCAUGGUGGUGAAUCACAUGAUAAGCAGCCAUACCACUAACAGUAUCAUGAAGAUUCCAGAAAACAAUGAUUACCUGAAAGGAACAAAGCCAUUUUCCUGGAAUGGAAGUGUCCCUAUUCUACAGCAGUGGUACAGUGGUAGAUGCAGGCCGGUCAGAUAUGGGUACUGUGGAUCUCUUGCUUCAGUAAUGUGCACAGUGAUGAGGUGUUUGGGAAUUCCAAGCCGUGUUGUCACAAGCUUCUGUUUUCCUUGUUCAAUUGAGAAUCCACUUGGUAUCAAUGAGAUUUUUGACUCUACUGGUAAAAACCUGUGUGGCAAAGACAAACUAUGGCGAUACCACUGCUGGAAUGAAUCUUGGAUGGCUCGCAGAGAUAUAAAUCAGUGCUGUGGCGACUGGCAGUGUCUGGAUCCAACACCUCUGGAAACAGGCAGAGGUUCAGCUUGCAGCGGUCCUACAUGGGUUCGAAGCAUCAGGGAAGGGGAACUGGACUUGGAUUAUGAUGGUCAUCAUAUGUUUUCUCGAGUAAAUUCAAACUAUGUUGGCUGGCUUUCCCAAAACAAUGCCAAAAGAACAAAAUUUUUCUGUGACACAUGGCCAUGUGGACAACGUCUAAUCACCAAGAGUGUUGGCAGUGAGCAAUUUGAAGAUAUCACUGGAGCUUACAAGUAUGAACUAGGUUCUGUGAAAAACAAAGAAGCCUAUUACCGGGCUUACAGAAGGAUUCACCCAGGGUAUUGCAACGCUUCCAACUGUCAUAUCGACAGAGAGUUAUCGUCUCUGAAAAACCCAUUUCUGAGUGACUCUGGAAUUAACAUGAGGUUAAAGAUGGCCAACUGUCCAAUGUAUGGUGAAGAUGUGCAACUGAACUGGCUGCUUGAAAAUUUGCGUAAUGAGAGCAAAACCCUGAAGUUUAAUUUGUGCGCACAAAUUAUAACCUACAGCGGUUGCCCAAUGGAUCAGUUUUGGAAAGACAGUGUGAAUGUCACAUUGGGUCCAAGGGAAGUGAAAAAAAUUCCGGUGUGUAUAUCAUACAAUCAAUAUGGACCUUAUCUCUGUGAUCACAACAUUAUGAAAGUGGUUGCUGUCUCAGACCCAGAAUGUGGAGAAAUUCUGAUGGUGAGCAGGGAUAUUGUGGUCAACAGACCCCCUGUUAUUGUAAAGCUACUGAGCCAGCCCAGACUAAAAGUACCAUGUACUGCAGAGAUCUCCUUCUGUAAUCCUCUCCAGGAAGAUAUGAAGAAUUGUGUAAUGACAUUAGAAGGCUGUGGUUUAUUCAAAGAGCCAAUGACCAUUGAUUUGGGAACACUGGCAUCCAAUCAACAGGCACGGACCAUCGUGGAGUUUACACCUUACAGGCUUGGCUGCCACCGGCUCCUGGCCAACCUUGGGUGCCACAAGUUUGCCUACUGCAAGGGAUGUGCCAAAGCUGAAGUGUGCUGCUCGGCAGGCCAGAAUGGUGUCCUGCCCAUCAGCCAGAAUGGCUCACUCCCAGUGUGUGAGAAUGGCUCCGUCCCCAUGAACGGCUCUGGGGGAGCCGCAACGGCUGUCCCUGUGGCAGACCCUGCCUUCAACUCCAUGUGUGAAUAUAUAUGUAUCCCAGUGUGUAACCCAAACUGCAGCGCAGGGGGACAGCCUGUAUACGAUUUUGUGUACCUCCCUGCAGGCCAUCCCUUAUGCAACUCCAUCUGCAACCAAGGCUUCAAUCCAAGCAUCAAUCCCGGUUUUGAGAUGGGAGGCGAUCCUGGCUUCCGUGUCAUAUGCGAGACUGUACCUCCUGCUACAUGUGCUCCAAUGGCUCCAUCCAUGUACAGCUCCAUGCCAGCCCCAGCAUCCAACCCUGUUUGCACCCCCAUGCCUCAUGUGGUUUUUGAGACAGGUCCUGCUCCCACACACCCCUCUGGAGGUGGAGGGGGGCCGAUGUCCUAUUCUGUCUCUGUCCCCACGAAUAAUGCGGUGAGUGCGCUGCUGACCCACUUCAUGGGUGGCCCCAGUCCCAAUGGGGCACCCCAGGCAGUCCCUAUGUCUGCUCCGCCAUCCUACUCCAUGUGCUCUCCGGUACUCCACACCAUUGGUAAUCCCAUGCAACCUGCAACUCCCCUUUCAGUGCCUGGUGCCUCCAUCUCACACGUCGUUUGCAGCUCCACACCCUCUCCCAGCACCCAGCCUCAGUGCGGCCCGGUGCCCACCGUGUCCUCCCAGCCCCUGAAUGCCGCCGUAGCUCACGGCAUGUGCUCCCCCGUGGCCUCCCCAGUGCCCCGUGCUGCCGACCGUAGCAGCACCCCCACAGUGCUGCAGGUGGGCAGUGCCUCUGCAUCCCACUCGCUGUGCUCCCCAGCGCCACAGCGGCCCGUGGGACCGCCGGCAUCCCACUCGCUGUGCUCCCCAGCCCCCCGCCCCGUCGGGCCCCCCGCGGCCCACUCCCUGUGCUCGCCCACCUCCGCCUCGCUGGUGGCCCUGGGGGCCCGCCCUGCCAGCUCUCCUGCCGCUCAGGCCUUGGACUCCUCGGCUUCUGCCUGCCUGCCGUGCUCCCCGUCGCCGCGCCCCACGGCAGGUCCCACAGCCCGCUCCCUCUGUGCCCCCACCUCUCGCUCUAUCUCCCAGCUUGUCGGCACCUCUGGCUCUCGCUCACUGUGUGGUUCUCAGUGGGGCCCUUCCUAUGAGAGCACCACUCGCUUUGGCUCCACGUGGGCUCCCACCUCCCGGUCACUGUGGAGCCCCGAGGGGCGCUUGGGCUAUUCCUCGACCCGUGCCACCUACGGCACACUUACACGCCCCCCCUACAGCUCCUUGAACCGCUCCUCCUAUACCUUGUCCCGCUCUGGCUACGCUACCCUACCCCGCUCCACCUCCCCCUCUGCCUAUGCCACCCUGACUCGCUCCGGCUCCUGCCCCUCCGGCAGUACCCUGGCUCUGGCAGGGUCCCGCAGGCCCUGGAGUCCCACAAGGAGCACUCUCACCUAUUUCAAACGCAGAUAUCUGUAAGGGAGAGUAACCUGGGAAAACCUGAAGCCGGUGAAAUAAAGCCUGUGUGCAGAUGCUUUACAAGAGGUUAGAAAUAGGAUGAUGAAGAGCAGCAUGCUGCUCCUGAGCAUUUAUCUGUGGAUUUGAGAUGUGCCAGAAAGCAGGCUGCGGGCCAACUGCUGAGGGAUGCAUUCGAUGUAAUACUUGUAUGUCUUGAGAUACGGUGCGAUGGAAAUGACAAAUGAAUGUGCUCCCUGUGGAGCCGUAGUGACAAUAGUGGCACGGUGCAGGUAAUCAGACUUACUUGCUCAGUCAAGCUGUUUUAUAAAUGAUGUGCUUUCACUCUCUCUUCUCUUGAUUUUUUGCAAUGCACAUUUCUCAGAUCUCCCUGGGCUACAGCAAUCAUAGCAAAUCUAUCUCCCUGCAUGAAAUGUGCUGUCCUUGGGAUGCCGCAGAGGUGACAGCAGACGUGUCUUAUGUCUCACCUAACAGACAUUGGGCCCCUGAAUCCCAGUGUUGCUGUGGCUCAGGUCAGUUCUGCAUGCACUCUCUAGUGUAACACUGAGAGCUGUGGAGAUCGCAGAGCAACUAAAUCGUUACAAAUCAGCUGAAGAGUUUAACUUCAUCUUUUUUUUAUCCUUUUUCCUUUUUUAAAUAACAAUUUUAGUAUUACUACUCUUGACGUAUUACCGACCUAGUAUCAAGAAUACAGAGGUUAUGUCAGAAAGUCAGAAAAACUCAAUGAAUAAGUAAUACAAUAUAUUGGCUAUCACAACUGACUGUUUUUCCUAUAGCAUAUUUCAAAAAUUUUCUCACAUACCUUGUAUGCAUUUAGGUUACUAGGAAAAGCUCUAAAUCCACAGCUGUGCCAUUUUGAUUGAGUAUAGCUAGAAGUCUGCCACUAGACCUGAACUUAGAAAAGGAAGUAUGAUGUUAUCCUUCCUUUCCAACAUCCAGUCCUCUCAGGUGAAAGUUUUUAAGAAGGUGAAUGGAAUGUACUGCAUCUUCUUCAGAUGAUGGUACUGUUCCACUGCUAACCCUCUCCAGGUGUUUUAGGAGUUGAAAUUAUACAUUGUCAUAAUGAAACUAUCCCUGAAUUUUAGAUUUGCUCAUAAGAAUUUUGGAUUUACUGACAGUACCUCCCAUCCCUCCAUUGUUUGUCUUUAGCAAAGUAGUCCAUUACUUUAAGUAGCAAGUCUUAGUGGGGUUUUGUGGUAAGGUAAUUUUGCUGGUGCUGCAGAAUCUUCAGCUAUGUAGCAGUAGUAUUUCAGUAGUAUCAUGGUAGUUUACGCCCCUAUGUGAUGAGAUUGAGUAACCCUCCAAGGAUUUUGAUAAAGUGUGAUGUCAGAUGGUAGCUAUGAACAUGCCAACACUAUCAAUUGCAUAGUAAUUCUGAGUAGGGUAGAAGAAAGAUUUGCCUGGAUAUUGUAGUAGAGUGAUCAUAACUCAGUGACUUGGAUUUUUUUACACAGUUUCAAUAGUCUGCAUUUGAUAGGUGCUGAGAAUUUCUUUGCCUGACUGAAAUAAAAAUAAAAAUUUUAAAACCA